GUUGUUGGGAGGAAGACUGAGCAAAUAUUCGUCUCCUGGAUUAUUCCUAACCUUUCUGCCCGCCCAAGGAUUCCUCUUCCUCCUCCGGCCGGCUCCCACCCCCUUAAUAGCUGCAAAGCCUCACCAUGCAUUUAACUAAUUUCCAGCAAUAACAAUAACCGCGCGGAGAGAGAAUUCCAUUCCACCCCGAACAAGUUUUCACCAAUGCAAUGCAAUGCAAUGCAUGCUAGUGAUCAGCCGCCCCGCAAGCCAAGUUUGGAACAAAAUCCAUCGUCUAUCUUUUAUUUUAUUAUAUGCAGCAUGAUAUAUCGAUGAUAUAUAUACAUGCAUAUUGCUAUCUAGCUCUCUCAUCUCAUCUCCACCAUCCAUCGGCGUUCCAGAGCUAAGCUGAUCGAUCCGAUAGAUCCAGCAACACAAGCAAGCAGAGUUAGCUAUCUGCUACGUAGUAUCACACAAGAUAUAUAGCCUGAUCCUUCCUUAUUGCAGCUGAUCGAUAUAACAAUCCAAUAAGAGAAUCCAUGGCCGCCGCCGCCGCCGCCGGCAACAAGCAAGGAGGAGGAGGCUGCUGCAAGCCGCCGCCUGCAGCAGCUGAUCAGGAGUUGUUGGACCCGAGGUACGAGUGGCAGGAGAAUGCCACCAGCUUCAUCCUCCGCAUCCACCUCUCAGGCUUCAGGAAACAAGAUUUCAGGGUGCAAGUCGACGGCGCCGGCCGCCUCACCGUCCGCGGCCAGCGCUCCGACGCCGCCACCAACCCCAGGCACUCCCGCUUCAGCAAGGUCUUCCAGCUGCCCUCCACCUCCAACCUCGACGACAUCGCCGGCCGCUUCGACGCCGGAGUCCUCACGCUCACCGUACCCAAGCGCCUGCCUGCGUCGCAGCAGCAGGUCCGCCAGGAUCAGGAUCAGGCGGCGGCCAAGCAGCAGGAAAAGGCAAAGGCGCCGCCCAAGGACGACACCGUUGCCAAGGACGAGGCGGAUGCCACCGACAAGAAAACCGCUGCCGAGCAGCAGGUGGCGGACGCCAAGAGCGGCAAACCGGAGCCAGAGCAGCAGCAGCACAAGGCGGCGGCGCCACCACCACCGGCCGUGAGGAAGGAGGAAGGCAAGCCCAAAGCCGGCGCCGCUGCACCACCAACAGCAGCAGCCGACACGAAGAAGCAGGCCACGCCCAAGGCCGAGCCGCCGCCACUGGAGAGGAAGGCGGUCGAUACGGAGAGCCUGGCGGAGAGGGUGAAGCGGCGCGCCGAGGAAGAGCGGGCCGAAACCGCGGCUGCGGCAGAGGCGGAGCGCCAGAGGAAGGGCUUCAAGGAGCGCGUGGCGGAGGAGCUGCAGGGGCUGGCGGGCUCCGAGUGGGCGGAGGGCCUCGUGGAGACGGUGAAGAAGAACAAGGAGGUGAUCGCCGCCGCCGUCGCCGCCUUCUCCCUUGGCGUCUUCGUCUCCAGCAAGCUCUUCUGCAGGUCCAGCAGGAACUAAUAAUAGCCAAGCAAACCAGAGCGUCCACACAUUUGUGACAACGUACAUUGAUAUAUACUUACAGACCAUGUGGAUAUAUACAUGCACAAACAAAUUAAAGUCAAAUUUGUAUACAUGUUUAUACAUGUACAGUGGUGAUGAAUUGACAAAGGUAAUUAAGGCAAAACAUGAAUUACUUGUGUCAAGAUCCAUGUUCGAAUAUAUUCAGAUACAUACGGUGAA